AUGCGGUUGGACCCAUCGUGUGAUGUUUUUACAUCCUUACACCUUCUACUUACUCGUUUUUGCCUCCGUGCCCGGGCAUACACUUCCGUACUGCCGGUCCUAGACAAGCACAUCUGUCAUUUGCCUCUUUCGACACCUUGCUCCCCAUCAAAACCUUCCACGAUAAUGUGCACGUCGCAUGACUCGGGCUUAUUUUUCAUCACCGACAGCUCUGGGCUGUCAUCGAAAUUGACCUACAAAGACUAUCUGCAAUAUUUCCUUUAUGGCGGUAUGAUUUACUUGGCAUUAAAGAAGUGGCGCAAGGCAGCUCAUUUUUUUGGUAUCGUAAUAUCAAUGCCAACCGGUGGACCUGUCAGCAUGGUUAUGGUGGAGGCAUACAAAAAGUGGAUUUUAGUGUCGUUGUUGGAAAAGGGCAAGCUUUGCCCACCACCAAGCAUAAGUUCUCCACAAGUGAUCAGAGUGCUUCAGUCCCUUGCUAAACCCUAUAUCAAUCUGGCCUAUGCGUUUGAACAGGGUGAUUUGAGAAGGCUGGGAGCCGAGAUAGAUGCAGCUCGAGAUAUAUGGUGCACGGAUAAUAACAUGGGUCUGGUGUCUCAGGUGAUGAAUGCUUACUCGAAACACACCAUUAUUGGAAUCAAGAAGACAUUUGCUGCUCUUACAGUGGCCGACCUGACGAAACAAGCAGUUUCUCUAUGGGCUACCACGGAUGCUGCAGAGUCAACUAUAGCGUCACUCAUCAUGACUGGCGCUAUACAAGCCACUCUUGUGCAGUCUCAAGCUGAUAACGGUGCUGCGAUGCUACGUUUUUUUGCAACCGCUUCUUUGCCCCAGAUUCUACAGGAAACUAAGGUUCAAUCCCAUCUCCAGUGCGAACGGGGUUCAAUGGCAGCUCUGAUGAGAAACUUGGAUCAACGCAACCAUGGAAUGGCAUUGAGUGAUGAAUUGAUUGACAGUAUGCAGAAAGGGCAAACAUGGAGUACUGUCGGUGAAGUUGGCGUGGGGCUCGGCACGGAUGCUGGUCUUGAAAUGGAUGAGGACUUGAUGGGGGAAUGA